CGCUUUAUGAAAUAUGAAUUUCGUUUCAAACUCACUUGCGACUAAGACAAAAACGCCGACUAUUUGGCCCUCCUUGACAGGAGAGUUAUCGUUCAAAGUUUUGUUAUCUUUCAAGGUUGACGGCGGCAAAACUGAUAACAGAGAGCCAGAAAUGUUCAUUAGACGAUCCCUACAGCGAGUUGGUGUUGUACUCCGUCAUGUUAAAAUGGCUGCACCAAGAUCUAGAUUUUCCACUGUGGCAGAGGAUGAGGUUCUGUUACAAACUGUCAACACUACAGGGGUUAUAACUCUGAACAGGCCUAAGGCUCUAAACGCCCUCAACUUAAAUAUGAUACAGAGAAUCUACCCUCAGAUGACAAAAUGGGAAGAGAACACGAAAAUAAGACUGGUGAUAAUAAAAGGAGCUGGAGAGAAGGCCUUCUGUGCUGGUGGUGACAUCAGAGCUGUGACAGAAGCAGGGAAGGUUGGAGACUCGCUUGCUCAAGAUUUCUUCAAGGAGGAAUACAUUCUAAACUACAAAAUUGGUACCUAUGACUUACCUUAUGUGGCUCUAAUUGACGGAAUCACCAUGGGAGGAGGUGUGGGUUUGUCCGUUCAUGGCGACUUUCGUGUUGCUACAGAGAAAACACUGUUUGCCAUGCCAGAAACAGCAAUAGGUUUGUUUCCUGACGUGGGCGGUGGUUACUUCCUCCCAAGACUUGGUGGCAAUCUCGGAGUGUUCAUGGCUCUCACAGGCUUCAGGCUGAAGGGCAGGCAUGUACAGAAGGCGGGAGUGGCCACACACUUUGUCCAAUCUAACAAGAUUUCAGAACUAGAGACAGCAUUAGUUGGUCUCCCGAAUCCUAGUCAUCACGAUAUUACCUGUGUGAUAGAGGACUUCCAGAGUAAGAGUACUGAUGUCCCGGAUGAUGACUUCAUUUUAAAACCAGAUAUGGACAAUAUUAAUAGGCUGUUUAGUGCUAACACUUUAGAAGGAAUAUUCGAAGAUUUGAAAAAUGAUGGUUCAGAAUGGGCAACAAAACAACUACAGAUACUACAGAAAAUGUCGCCUACAUCAAUGAAGAUAACACUGAGACAAAUUCUGGAGGGCCGGAACAUGCCCCUUGGGGACUGUUUACAGAUGGAGUACAGACUGAGUCAGAGAUGUGUCGACGACAAGGAUUUCUACGAGGGGGUCAGGGCAGUUCUUGUCGACAAAGAUUUCAGCCCUAAAUGGGACCCGGCUACCAUCGAAGGAGUGACAAAUGACAAAGUUGAUUGGUACUUUUCUGAACUUCCACCAGAGAGGGAGCUUAAAUUAUGAUAAAGCUUCAAUCACAAGGACGAUUUAUGUAUGAAUGUGUACUUGACAGGGAAGUGCUAUGAGAAAUCUGAAUAAAGGACGAGGCAUGAAAAGCAAUGGAGUUGGCCCCAAUGAUUUUAAAAAAAAAAGUUAGAAUUAUUUAGAGGGAAGGUUUAAGUGUACAUUUUAAGAUUAAAGUAGAUAUUAGUUUGAUGCCAUUUUGAAAUGGAAAAAAAUAAGAAAAUCGAAUUUGCAUUUGAGGUUGAUAAUCGUAAAUUCUGAAUAUAAGUGGGUUUGUGUUACAUAUACAUUUCAAUACCAGUAAUGCCUUUCUAGUCCCUAUUCAUAUAUAUAUGAAUAUUUAGAUGUAGCAUAACUUACAUUUUAAAAUAUAUUUCAUCCGAAAUGUAAAAUUUGUAAAAAAAAUCACCAUUUCUUAGAUUUUGUCCUGAUUUAGAUGGUUUUAUUUUUGUCAUUUGGCAUUAUUUUUCUAUUAGAAGUUGUUGAUCGGCGAUUCUCUGGCAUAGGAAUUUGGCUAAACUUUUUUUGUUAACGGUUACCUAUUUAAUAAUA